AUGCGAAUACUGGAGAAAGUCGAGCUUCCAGAAUGUCAGUCGCGGGUUCUGUUAUCGGGUGGCCCGUGCACGAUAGCCCUUCUCAUCGCGGGACUGUCCCAUGAAUUUCGAACGCGUCCACCACAACACCACGGAGAGGUUCUGGCUGGUUAUGGAUUCAGGAUGGAUUCGGCUGACCAUGAGUCUGAUCCUUUCUCCAGCGAGAGCCUAUGGAGACUUUCUAAGUUCAGUAUUGAAGCUCUACAACCAUUAGAGGACCUACCAUGGAACGCGGACUUGCCGAGCUUUGAAACGCCUGACUCGAUAUGGAAACUGAACUUCUUCCCCAACGACAUCGAACGCCCCGAGUCUUCGGCCAAUUCUGUCAUCGAACCUUCGAUCGACGCCCAAUCCGAUGCGCCAUCAGACCCCCUCCACGAUCUCUCGGACGAUAAUGAUAUCUGGAAGCUCGAUUCGUUAAAUGAUGAUCCCGAUUACAUUGCCCCUUCGAAGACGUGGGAGAGAUAUCAGGAUCGUUCACAUCGCGAACCAGUGUCGGCAUACUUUAGCGAAUCAGGCGCGAAAGGAUUCGAUGCCGCAUUGUCACACCAAGCAAAUGCCAAAGGAAAGCCCAUUGCGGGUCGAUUAGUCCGAGACAAUGUCUUCAUUCGGUCGCUGCUUCGCCUUGGGCUCGGAUGGAGCUCGUCGUUUUUCCGCUACAAUGAGCGGACAAAGACAUUCGAGAGAUCCAUGAACGAUGUGCGCGUUUCCGGGGUGAGCCUUGUCAUGCUAGACUCUGUCAUUUCCAGUGUGCUACAGUGCGGUACAAACAUGCAGCACAUACGGACUUUUGCAAAGAAUGCGCCCACCAAGUUCAAGGAUCUGUCUUCUUUGUUCACGUUGCGCGGUACCAUUGUGAUAAUCAUCUACAACCUGGAGCAGCAGAUUCUCCUAUAUUCCCAAAGCAUAGUUUCAGUCUUGCAGGUCAUGACACUGUUUCAACGAUGCGGGGACUUGAUAAGCGCAUUGGCGGAUAUCGUCCAUGUGGCAGAGAUGGCCAAUUCGGAUGCCCAGGUUAUUUCUGCGGUGAUUGAGCGGGCGGCUAUCUUUACCCAUAUGUUUGGAUGGAUGGAGAAUCUUCUGCAGGAAAUUGUCUUCCGAGUAACUAGCCCCUGGUUUGAGUUCGUCGAACGCUGGAUAGGGUUACGGCCGGAAGAGGGUGCUCUCAGCGAACUGGUGGCUAGUGGAAGAAUGUUUGUUCAGUUGGAGCAUCAUAAUGACCCUACGAAGUUCAAGACAGGCUCUCAAAGGACCGAGUACAUCUACCUUGGUGCCAACAUGCCUUCUUUUAUACCGAAAGAUCAAGCUCGGACUAUUUUUGAGAGUGGACGGAGUUUGCGCCUUCUAAAAAGAUCGCAUCCACACCAUCCCAUUGCACGUUAUGACGUGCUUCCUCGUGCCGGAAAUCUUCAUUUACACUGUGCGAAUACGUGGAGUGAUAUUGAAAGGAUCCAAAGGCGAGCCAAUGAGUAUGAAUCAAAUCUUCGUCAUGAGAUCUUGAAAUACCACAGAGGACACAAUUCUACGCAACCAGCCCAACUGGACGCCCCUGCCAGCAAAGAAUCAUCAUGUGAUAACUUGGAUCACACGUAUGAGUUCUUUGAUAUGGAUGAUGAGAAGAUUAUCUCGGGUUCUGCGGUAGAUCAAAAGGCGCUUGCCAAUGACAAGGUCAAUCAACUACUUGAGAAGACCAGGGAGCCGGCCUCGGAUUUUGUCGAUGACGCGAGUCGCUUCGGCCCGGAGCUAUCAUCUGCUCUCUACCUCUCCCUUGCUCCAGUCAUUACUUCCCAGGCACAACUAAUCGACUUCUCUUACCUACACCAUCUAUUCAAAGAACACAAUGUACGGCACCAUCUUAACCUCCAAUGGCGUUUUCAACUGCUUGGGGACGGCUCUUUUGCCUCCCGUUUGACACAUUCCCUUUUCGAUCCCGAGAUGGAGAGUGGAGAACGCAAGAAAGGCGUAGUCCGGAGUGGUGUUCAUACUGGAUUGCGUCUAGGAAACCGGGAUGCUUGGCCCCCCGCGAGCUCAGAGCUACGACUGGUUCUUAUCGGGCUUCUCGGUGAUUGUUACUUCUCCGAAGAGGAUCCUGAAAACUCUGAACAGACGCGGGGUCAGCAAGACAAUGAGCUCCCAGGCGGACUGAGCUUUGCGAUCCGUGAGUUGACAGAUGAAGAGAUUGAAAGAUGCAGAGAUCCGAAUGCUAUCGAGGCACUCGACUUCCUCCGUCUCCAGUACAAGCCGCCCGAGGCUCUUGAAGCACUCAUCACAGCGAAGUCAUUGAAGAGGUAUGAUCGUCUCUUCAAACACCUGCUUCGGCUAUUGCGAAUGGUUUCAGUAGUGAAGGGACUGGUUCGUGACUCGACGAAUCGCGGCUCCAUGUCGGGAGACACCCGCAAUGUGUUUCAAAAGUUUCGCAUUGAUGCCCAACAUUUUGUGCUCGCUAUUAGCGACUACUGCUUCCACGUCGGCAUCGGAUCUAUUUGGGACCAGUUUCAGAAGACACUCACUAGAAUCGAGCGCUGCCUCGACCGCGGUGACAUUGACGGGACAAUCGAAGCCGCUCACUCGGUCCCGCGCCUGCGUGACUUCCACGAGGACAUUCUUGACCAAAUGCUAUUUGCAUUUUUCCUCAGCAAACGGCACGCGCAGGCGGCUAAGCUGUUGGAUUCAAUCUUCGGGACUAUAUUAGCCUUUAGCCCCCUAUCUAAGGCAGAUGGGUUGAGUGGACUGCGUAACAAGAGCGAAGGAACCGUCCUCCACUUAUACUCAACUUUCCGGAAACAAACAUCCGCCUUUGUUGGAUACCUCCGUGGCCUGGACACGGGCAAGGCAUCCUCAAAGUCUAUGGGGAAGUCUGAAUCAUUGCUCAGCUCUCGUACCGACACGACUAGCGUUUUCGAGCAUUUGCGAGUCAGGCUAGAUGUGAGGGAUUAUUACUGA